AUGAUUAGCACUCCAGCUCUCAUGGGCAUAUAUGCUCUUCUCAAUGCCGUGGAAGCUAAGCCCCAUAAGCUGCAAGCAAGAGACUGCUCCAUCACAUGGCCUGCCUAUGAGGGCGACAAUUGCGCGUCUUUUGCAGACCUCUGGAGCAUCUCUGAGGCUCAGUUCCUCAGCUACAAUCCGGGCGCCGUCUGCUCCGCCCUCGAAGUUGGCAAGGAUGGUUACUCCAACUCCAACCCCAACCUCUACUACUUUCUCGUCGGUCCAAACCACACCUGCUGCAACUGCAACGUGUCCUUCAACUCCUGCUGGGGUUGUUACACCUUCCCCUAUCCAGGAAUGACAUGUGGCUGCACAAAGUUCCACAAGAUCGUAAGCGGAAACAGCUGCUGGCAAAUUGCCAACGACAACGGCAUCUCACUUGACAACUUCUACGCGUGGAACUCAGCAAACAAAGACUGCAAUAAUCUGUUCCCCGGUGACAACGUCUGCGUCGCCAAAGGCACAGCAACCACGACUAAACCUCCUCUUGAAACUCCGACAGUUUUCGUCCCCUGGAUCUGCUCCUUCGAUCUCAAGAAGGGCCAGUACGUUUGCCCUACAGCACCGCCUACUACAUCUCCUACUUCGGUUAAGAACCCUGCUCCUGGACCAACUCAAGCCGGAAUCGAUGCUAAAUGCAAUAAAUGGGUUCUCCAAAAGGAUGGAGUUUACUGUUUUGACAUGGCAAAGGCAGCAGGUAUUGCGUUGGACAGGUUGUAUGCGUUAAAUCCGGCACUUAACGGAGACUGCAGUGGUCUUUGGCCUAAGUAUGCUUAUUGUAUCGGUACAUCGUUAUGA